AGAUUUUGUUAUCAAACUUUUUCAAUUCUUAUACGAAGAAAUUUAUAUAGUAUACAUAAGUAUAUUUAAAAUAAGUAUAAAAUUCAAAAUGCAGACAGGCAACACCUAUUUCAAGAGUUUUAUUCCCGUAAAGAUCUACCAAUCGGCCAGUUUUUUAUAUAUGACAUGCAUAUCGAAGCUACCACGAAAUUCUUUUUGGGCGAAAUGUGAUCAGAGUUUGGUGAUCGAACAGGCUUUGGUUUCAGCAAUCGAUGAGAAUCUUCGUCCUUUGGACUACGAAGAAAGGCAGCGAGAGGCCCGCGAGAUUCUUCUCAAGUCGCAGGAGAAAGUGUUUACAAAAAUGAACCAAAGUCAAAGUUCAACGGAUCAGGAUCGUUUUACGGAAGAUGAUGAAGAAGAUGAUGCCAGAGAACCAGUGCGUCUCAAAUCUGAGAUUUUACUUAACGAAUAUCAAAAGCUUUACGAAGCCUCUUCUAACAUAUCAUUCACGAGUAUUUUACCGAAGGAGAAGAUCAAACAAUAUCUUUUGCUGUUAUUGAGUCUCUUCGUUGUGGCAUGUAGUGUCUUUUUUCUGAUCCAGUGCGGCAACCACAAUUAUUUCCUAUGACCGACCGAUCACCGAGAUAUAUUUAGUUGUGGCGAACGCGGCGAGCAAAACAAAACGGCAAAUCGAGUAAAUCAUACAAAGACCGGAAAAAUUGAGGAAAUGCCGCUUAUGUAAAGUAGAAUAUCCGCUGGCAGGCGAACGGAAGGCGAGGUGCGAAAACAAUAAAAACCGGACGGAAGUGGACAGGGACGGAAACCGACGACGAUUCCAACGAUUCCGUCUAUCGUUCGACGGUUUUCCGACCAAUGCCGCAUAAUACCAAUACCAAUACCAUUAACUCUGGCUACUGGUCUUCAAUCUCAGGGCUCAGGGUCUUUUGCCAAUUUGUCGAAAUGAUUUUUCCGCUUUUCCGGCGCCGUAAUUGAAUUUCUUUUCGGGGAGGAAAUGACUAAACCAAAAAAAUCCAUUCAUUCCGACUUCAAGUGGCUCAGGAAGCUCGAUUGAAGGGGAUGGGUUUUUAGAUUGCACAAUUGAAAAUACUUCAGAACUCCAGGGCAAUGUUAUAUUUAUACCUGUGACUCGUGGAGUAAAUGGGGUAUUCUGUAUUUGUUGAAAAGUAUGUAACAGGUCGAAGAAAAACACUUCCAACCCCUUAAGAUAUAUGUAUGUAAACUUGUAUAUUAAUGGUCAUCACAAAUCAUAAAAAUCUGAAUACGCA